UUCGAUAUCGGUCAUUAAAAUUUAGCGAAGGAGGUCUGGCUAUCGGGUUCCGCAUUCAGCCGCCCGUAUGAAUUUUUCAACAUCUCAUUACAUCUACUGGCACCUGCGCCGAGGUCUGGCGGCCGUGCGGCCCCGGCCAUCCUCUGUGUUGUCCUUUUCCCAGCGUUGUAUGCCAUUGUAUCUGAGGCGUGACAAAACGCAAAUCAACAAUAACAAGAAUGCGUCUCGAGGCGGCUGUGUUGCUGCUUCAUUUACUGCUGCUAGUUGACAAGGCCGACUGUAAAAAAGGUGUCAAAUGUGGGGGGAUCCUCUCUGCCUCAUCUGGCAACAUAUCAAGCCCAAACUUCCCGGGUCUCUACCCCUACAACAUCGACUGCAUGUGGCUGAUCGUGGUGGCGGAGGGAUCCUCGGUCCUCCUCACCUUCCACCACUUUGAGCUUGAGUUCCACGGCCACUGUGCCUACGACUACAUCAGGAUCUACAACGGAGUGUCCGAGGACGAGGGGAACCUACUGGGCACGUUCUGCGGUGACAUCUCCCCGCCCCAGUUCACCUCCUCCUGGAACGUCAUGUCCAUCAUCUUCCACUCGGACCGCCACGUGGCCCACCGGGGAUUCGCCGUGGGCUACAGGAAAGACACGUGUGGAGGGGUGCUAACAGGCCUGUCUGGCAUUAUCUCCAGCCCCGGCUACCCUCGGGAAUACAGCAACAGUGCAGACUGCUCCUGGACCAUCCACGUGUCCAACAGCACCGUGGUCAGCCUGGUCUUCCUCGACUUCCAGCUGGAGAACAACGAAGGCUGCAACUUUGACUUUGUGGCCCUGUUUGACGGCCCCACGGUCUCCCAUCGCCACCUGGGGAACUUCUGCGGUGGGGAUCCACCCCCCAACACGGUGACCACGUCCAACCAGCUGCUAGUCGUCUUUAAGUCCGACUUCAACAUCGGGGGACGAGGGUUUAAGGCGUACUAUUACUCAGGUGAGUGCCAGCAGGUUCUGUCAGCCUUAAGUGGGAACUUCAGCAGCCCACACUUCCCCGGCAUCUACCCAAACAACAUCAACUGUCACUGGACCGUCACACUGGCAGCGGGGUACCGUAUCAAACUGUUCUUCCCACUUGUGGAGCUCGAGGACAGAAACAGCCUCACGGACGAAUGCGACUAUGACUCGGUGGCGGUCUACGACGGCGACAGCCAGCUGGCCCCCCUGCUGGGGCGCUGGUGUGGCGGGGAGCAUCCCCCCUCCGUUACUUCAAAGGCUAACAGGCUGCUGGUGGUGCUGAACACUGACAGGAACGUGGCGCGCAAGGGCUUCUCGGCGGCCUACGUUGGGGUUGUUCCGGUAAACAUCAGCUGCACCAGAUCGGAAUUCUCUAUCUUGAUAGCGGUGCAGUCGCUGCCACAGCUGGGUCGUGAAAGCAUAUACCUGGGGAACCCGCCCUGCACAGCCCUGUUGACGGCCACGUCCUACAAGAUAUUAGCCCGCUUCGAAAACUGUGGUACAGCUGGUCAGAAACGUCAGAACAUCACCAUGCUGGUGAAUACCCUCUACAUCGACUUCUCAGACGGAAAGCAGAACAACCUGCAGGAGUACGAGGUGCUGUGCGACGCGCAGCGCAAAAAGGCCACCGUGACCCACAUCUCGACGGAGGAACGCAACCGUCUCAACGAGGUGGCUCGCCAAGCGGAGAACUCUGUCAGCGUAGACGGAGGCGUGGUGUCGGUGGAGCCUCAUGAUCCCAGUGACAUCGUCUUCAUCAGUAUCUGCGUACUGGCUGUCAUUCUCAUGGUGAUAGCCGUUAUCUGGCUCGUGCUUCUUUAAAAGAAAGUUCCAUCGCUCCAAACUGUGAGCAGCGUUCG